AUGGAAUUCAAUCUAGCAGAAUUUACCAAAGGCUUUCAGGAGGCUGACAGAAACACCUUAACUGUCAGCUCUCCGGAAGAUAAGUUGAUGAAUAUCACCGAUAUGCUUGCCCUUACUCCGGACGCCGUUGCCAGAGAAGAUGUAUUUGAUUCAGUCAAUGAUCUUUGUCUAGGGUAUGGUACUCUUGAAGAACAGUUGCAAAAUCAGCUUGUUUAUAUUAUUUGCACUUCUGCCGUCAAUCAAGCCGAAAAUACUCAACAUAUUGUGGAUAUUUCUGAAAUUGAUCUCUUUUUCCAGCACAGAAAAAUUAUCGAGAUAUAUGGAUAUUUGCUAAACAUAUUAUUAACCUAUAUUGGAGAAGAAGAUAUAAGCGCCUGCCAAGCCGUGGGUACCAAAAAACCGUCAGUUGCCGCUAUACAGAAGUUCAAGAAUAAUUGUAAACUUAUUGAAGAAUGUUUUAAUGCUUGCUGUGCAAUUUUCAAAAUCAAAUUGAAAAAGUUAUUUGAAACUACCCCAGAGUUGGACCUUUAUGUCUCAUUGUUCACUAGACCGGCAUAUUCUAUGAUGGAAUCUGAGCAGAGAGUCAAAGUACAAGCAGUAAGAAUCCAUCUUUUCACCGCUAUUUGCCUUGCCAUCAAAUACCAAGGGCAUGGAUCAGCAGCUCAAGGUGCAAUAAUUCAAAACUUGACGUACUUCACUCAUUUGACAGGUUCUAUGGCAGAAUUAUUACAGCUUUUGGCAACUAAUUAUGACUGUCCUCAAUUAACCGAAGAAACUCUCCAGGAAGUUAGUAACAAGCAAUUUAGUGCUAAUGAUACCAAUGGCCCCAAAUCAAUCUCACAAUUUAUUACCCGUUUAUCUGAAUUGUUACCAGACUUAGUGUUGAAGCAGAUGAUGUCUAUUGGAAAAUUACUCGAUAACAGUGCACACCAAUUGAGAUGUUCUGUUGUCGAAGCUUGUGGUAAUAUUAUUGUCAAUAUUUGUCUGAAAGAAGAAUCGUUGCAAAGACAUAGACCACAAGUUGAAAAAUUAUUGGACUUAGUUCAGGAAAGAUUUGCCGACCAAAACCCAUUUGUUAGAACAAAAGCCGUUCAAGGGUUGAUCAAAGUUGCUGAGUUAGAAGUGAAAUUUAUUCCUAGAAGACAAAUAUUUACAGAUUUGGCGGUCAGAUCUUUGGAUGAUAAAAGUUCAUUGGUCAGAAGAAAUGCUAUUAAGUUGAUGUCUAAAUUGGUGAUGUCCCAUCCUUUUUCCACAUUUCAUGGAUCUUCCUUAGAUCUUAAAACCUGGAAAAAGAGAUUAGGAGAAGCCCGACGCAAGUUAGAAUCACUUACUAAUGCUGAUGUUCCAGAAGAUCCUGCUCAACCUGAUAUGUCUUUAAGCAAUGUCUCGCUGGCGGAAAUUAAUGGAGCUGAUCUUAUUAAAGUUAAAUUGACCAUGAAGUAUUAUGAAGAAGCUAUUCGCUUCAUUGAGUCUAUUGAAAAGGGGGCUGUUAGAGCGUCAAAGUUACUUCAUUCCCGUAAUAAAAACGAAGUUUUGGAAGCAAUGGACUUUUUCGUUUUAGCUGAUGCUUAUGACGUUUCUAAAUCUAAAGUCGGUGUUAAAAGAAUGUUACAUUUGGUGUGGAUGAAAGGUACUAAUGAUGACGGUACUAGUAUAACCAAUCAUUUGUUUGAAUGUUACAAGAAUUUAUUUUUAACAGCACCACAUAACUCUACUGCAAUAGAGGCAGCCGCAUACGUUGCAAAAAACUUGAUUUCCUUAACGUACCAAACCUCGGUCUCUGAUUUGGCGUCUUUAGAGAAAUUGCUAAGUUCCAUGUAUGAGGAUGAAUUUAUUGACAACACCGUAGUGAAGAUUUUAUGGCAAAUCUACAAUAAUUCCAUUGGAGGUAAAGGUGUUUCAAAGAAACAAAGACGAGGGGCCAUCAUCAUUUUAGGUAUGAUCUCUUUGGCAAAUCAUGAGGUGACUUUGAGAUACAUUGAUUCAUUGUUGAAUGUUGGAUUUCCGAACAAAAAGAUUGAUGAUAUGAUUCUCGCUAAAUACACUUGUAUUGCUUUACAAAGGGUGGUUCCUGCUCAAAAGAGUUUGCAGAAUAAGGACUCCACUUUCAGGAUCUCUAAAGAAAAGGAAGCAUUAGAGAAAUUGAGCAAUUGUUUAGUUGAAUAUACCGAAGAUCCUGAAUGGUAUCCAUUAGCAGAGCAAGCAUUGAACGCAGUUUACAGUAUUGCUUCUCAUCCCGAUGUUACUUGUACAGAUAUUUUGAAAAAGAAAAUCAAAAGUGUUUUUGAGAAUGAUGAGGAUAUUGUGAUGCAAACUGAAGAGGAGGAUGUUAGUUCCAGCAAUAAGUCUUCAAAAAAAGAAUCAAAAACAAUCGCUUUGUCUCAAUUGCUAUUCAUGGUGGGUCAUAUUGCUAUCAAGACCAUGGUUCUCUUAGAAAAGUGUGAAGCAGAAUUCAAGAAGAAGAAAAUUGAAGAAGAAACUGAAAAUGCCAAAAACAAAAAGCAAAACCAAAAAGAAGAGAAAGAUGAGUUGGAAAUGAUUGGUGGUACCAGUGAGGAUGACUUCGCUGAUGCGGUGAUUUACAUCAAAGAACGUGAAUUAUUAUACGGUGAGAGCUCCUUAUUAGCCAAAUUUGGACCAAUGGUAAAGGAGAUUUGUUCCAAUAAUGUGAAAUAUGAUAGUCUAAUAUUACAGAGAAGUGCAGUGUUAUGUAUGGAAAAAUUAAUGUGCGUGUCUUCUAGGUAUUGUGAAGAGAAUUUGACUCUAUUGAUAACAUUGAUGGAGAAAUCUCCAGAUCCAAUUAUCAGAUCCAAUGCAGUUUUGGGCCUUGGAGACAUGGCUGUUUGCUUCAAUAACUUGGUUGAUGAAAACACAGAUUACUUAUACCGUCGUCUUAAUGAUGAUAAUAUCAUGGUACAAAGAACAUGUUUGAUGACGGUUACCUUUUUGAUUCUAGCUGGACAAGUCAAGGUUAAAGGUCAGUUAGCAAUGAUGGCUAAAUGUUUAGAGAAUGCUGAUCAUGGAAUUUCCGAUAUGUGUAGAUUAUUCUUUACUGAAUUGGCAACAAAGGACAAUGCCAUUUAUAAUGGGUUCAUUGAUAUUUUUAGUGGUUUGUCAAAUGAUUCAGAUUUAGCUAAGGAUUCGAUGAAGAGAAUUUUGAGGUUCUUGAUUGCUUUUAUUGAGAAGGAAAAGCAACAAAAACAAUUGAGCGAAAAAUUGUUUAUCAGAUUGAACAAAGCAUCGACGGAAGAGGAAUGGAAAGAUGUUGCCUUUGUGUUACAGACGUUGCCUGUUAAGAGUGAUAAAGUCACGGCUGCUCUUAAUGAGGGAUAUAAGAUGGUGGGGGUGAGAAACUAG